AUGCUUACCACCAGAGUCAGUCCUGUACCUGGACAUCAUUCAAAUCAACCUAUCAGAUACCAUGCCAGUGCAAGAAUAUCUCCCAGACUGAAAGUUCCAGUUGAAGAACCAAGACAUACAAGAAGUCGAAAAAUCGUUUAUAACAUUUCCCAGAAUUUUAAAUUGAAAGAAGUGUUGGGUCAAGGAGCUUAUGGAAUAGUUUGUUUAGCUCAACACACUAGUGGGACUCUAGUUGCUAUAAAGAAGAUUGAACCAUUUGAAAAUAAUUUAAAUUGUUUAAGAACAUUAAGAGAAAUCAAAUUAUUAUCAAGACUUAGUGGACAUGAGAAUAUCAUCAAUCUAUUUGAUGUUCAGAAACCACUUGAUUUCAAGAACUUUAAUGAAGUUUACCUUAUUCAGGGCUAUAUGCCUACGGACUUGGAUAAAGUCAUUCGGUCUCACACUCUCAGUGAAGCUCAUGUUCAGUAUUUCACCUACCAGUUAUUGAGAGGUAUCAAAUAUAUACACAGUGCUAAUGUGAUCCAUCGGGAUUUAAAACCUUCCAACAUCUUAGUGAAUGAGAAAUGUGACUUAAAGAUUUGUGAUUUCGGAUUGGCUAGAUUAGAUACUAGCAAAGCUAAUCAUAUUCAGAAUCCUUCUACAACAGCUCUUACUGAGUAUGUGGUUACCAGAUGGUACAGGGCUCCUGAAAUCAUGUUGAAUGCAUGUCAGUAUUCUGUGGCAGUAGACCUUUGGUCUGCUGGAUGUAUCUUAGGAGAAAUGUUUACAUAUAGGCCGCUCUUCCCUGGUGCUGACUAUAAGAGUCAAUUACUAUUCAUAUUCGAAGUAUUAGGUACACCUAUGGGUCAAGACUUGAAUUGUAUCAGAUCAGACAGAGCAAGAGAUUAUAUUCAAACCCUCCCAUUCAAGCAAAGACUAGACUUUACUGACUUGUUCAACAACCAUCCUUCCAGACGGAAGAAGCAUUUAGGGACUAAUAUCAGUCCCAGUGGUAUAGAUCUUUUGGAAAGGCUCUUAGUAUUUAAUCCUGCUUAUAGAAUCAGUGCAGCCCAGGCAUUGAAACAUGAUUUCUUACACAGUUAUCAUGAUCCCAAUGAUGAGCCUGAAACUACACCUAUAGGGUUUGAAGAAUUUGCUUUUGAUAUAGAUAAGGAGAAGCUCAGUAUGCUUGAGCUUAAGCGAGAGAUGUUUCAUACAAUUACCAAUUUAAGAAAACGGGCUAGUUAAACAAGGUGUAUAUUCUUUUAUUUCUUUUAGUUUCUUUUCUU